UUGAGUCAACACAAACACGUGCGUGGAUAUGUCGUUGACAUAGACUGUGGAAACGAGUCAUUAAAAACUGCGUGACCUUGGUUUUGUUUUCUGUAGUUCAAACUUGAGUGUUUGUUAAACAAGGAUAGCUUUAACGGCACGAUUAACUCGAUUAUUUAGUGGAGAACAAGAUAAGAGAUAAUAGUUGCAAAACCAUUAUCUUAAAACUUAACUGAAGGAUACUAAGUCUUCAAAAGGCAGGAGAAAGUAUUUGGUAUAAUAUUUCAAUACCAGAAGAUAGAAUUAAGAAAUGGUGAGCGUGGAACCUAUUGGAAACACCACAAUUCUAGGUGAAGGACCCCAUUGGGAUCACAAAGAGCAAGUUUUAUAUUUUGUUGACAUUCUAAAGUCGACUGUAGCAAAGUAUGAACCAUUGACCAAGAUCCAGACGUCAGUCACAGUGGAUGGAGGUCCAGUCUCUCUGGUUAUUCCAGUGGAGGGGAAGAAGGAUCAGUUUGUCAUCACAGUGGGACGAAACCUUGCUGUGAUGACAUGGGAUGGAAAAAGCAGCAAGCCGUCUAAAGUGGAUAUCCUUUCCACUGUUGAUGACGAAGAUGGAAAACAAGAAAACCGGUUCAAUGAUGGAAAGGCAGAUCCCACUGGCAGACUCUGGGCGGGUACAAUGGGACCAGAGUCUAAGCCUGCAGUAGUCGACAAACACAAGGGAUCUCUUUUUUCUUUUUCCAAUGAUGGAAAGCCAAGGACUCUUGUGAAGGACAUCAGCAUUGCAAAUGGUCUGGCUUGGUCGUCCGACAUGAAGACAAUGUACUACAUAGAUUCAUUAAAUUUUAGCGUGGAGGCAUUUGACUUUAAUGUUCAGUCAGGGGAGAUCUCUAAUCGUCGUGUUGUGUUUGACUUCAAGAAAAACCACAUAGAUGCAUUCCCUGAUGGCAUGACCAUUGAUACAGAAGGAAAUUUGUGGGUAGCCUGCUUCAAUGGUGGACAGGUAAUUCGUGUGGACCCGAGAUCCGGCAAGCUGCUAAGCACAGUCAAGGUGCCGUCACCACAGACGACGUCCGUCGUGUUCGGGGGUCCUAACUUGGAUGAGCUGUACAUCACCAGUGCCAACAAUUCGCUAAGUCACGAGGAGCGCAAGAAGUACCCGUACGCUGGAUACACGUUCCGUGUCACCGGAGUUGGGGCAAAAGGCUAUCCAAUGACAAAUGUGCAUCUUGCAUGAGCCGUAAAUUAUUUGUUGAUUUCGUUUUGUGAUUGGGUUUUCAAAUUAUAUAUUAAAUAAAAUAUUUUAUAGCUUCCAUGAAUUAAAUUAUGUAUAACAUGGGCUUUUUUAUAUAAAUAUGUACAGUAUAUCAUAGGCAUAUUUAUAUAAAUAAAAGAUAUUAGAUAAUUAUAUUUAAAAAAAACAUUUACAGGUAUUGACGUGCCUUACUAAGCACAGUAUAAAUAUGUAUUUUUCUUAAUAUUUGAAAAGUGUAGACAAAAGAAAAAAAACUGAGAAGUUUAUUUUAAUUAAUGGAGUUGUACUGUUGCACGCUUAGAGAAAUAUUGUUAUGAGUCACUAGUAUGCAAUGCAAUACUUUGUUGGGGGAAUUUAAAUUUAAGCAUUACUCUAAUGGAUGUAAAGUGAUGCUAUUAAAUAAUAAUAAAAUAUAUUUUUGUAUACA